CAUCAUCGGGCGCUCCAGGAGGUUGCAGUAGCCGGCCGCGUCAUCCCGUGGAUGGGCGGCGCACGGACGGGGAGGACGGAGGGUGUUUUCCAGCUUUAAAAGCACCGGAGCCGGCUCCUCUGACAAACCGCGCUGCGUCAUCCAACCCUGGAGACUUCUAAAACAACCUUCACCGCUCCGAAGCGAUCCAAACUCACCUCAACAUUGCCCCCCAAAAGCUGCCACUCCCCCUGCGAUCCAUUUUAUUCAUCCCGCUCGUGCCUCAAAGUUCAUUCUUUUGUCUCCAGUUGUGAAGGAACUGUGGCCAAUGGUGCAUAAAGUAAAGGCAGUGCUGCGUUCUUGAACACUAUCAUCGGUGGUUACGUUGUUGCACGCCGCGCAGCCGGACGAAGUUGCGCGUCGCGCUUGUUGAAUGCAGGACACCUUCAGCCUGUGCGUCAAAGCCAAGUUCAACUCCGGAGCAGCAGCCGGUCAGGAGCUGAGACACCAGCUUCUCGCCUCUACCGCCGCCGACAUGAAGUCUGCAGACGAAGACGCAUACAACUACACACCAAACGUCAGUCUUCCAGUUGGCAUGGGGAACCCUUGUCUGUCCACACAAUACCAUACCUUGCAGUCCAGUCCUGUCAUCCCAGUUUCCUCCUGCCACCAGACUGGGUACAUCGCACAAAACGACAACCAUGCAGCGUCAGGUUACUACCUGCCUCAAGGCUUAAGACGCAAUGGAGCUCCAGCUCUAGAAAGCCCUCGCAUAGAGAUCACUGCCUAUAGCCAAUACCCAGAGGAUGAAGUAGAAGCCAGCAGUAGGGAAGAGCACAUAAUCAAACGAGGGGUGAACUCCAUUGUCACACUUACGUUGCCGAAUGUUGAUGUGUACCGUGACCCCAGCUGUCUAAGCCCCGCAAGCAGCAUAUCCUCUCGCAGCUGCAACUCAGAGGCUUCAUCCUAUGAGUCUGGCUUUUACAACUACGACAAUUCCCCACAGAACUCACCCUGGCAGUCUCCCAGCGUUUCGCCCAGGGCGUCCUCACUUCUGUCUUGUCCACAUGCCAUCGGCCCUGCAGCCUCUCCUCACCAUUCGCCCUCCAACUCCCCACAAAUAGGAGCCAUGGCAGAGGAAGGAUGGCCAGCGCAACCUCGUGGGUCCCGGCCGAAUUCCCCUUCCUGCAGUGGCGUUAGCGGAGGCAACGGUGGUGGCAUGGGGAAGAGAAAGUACAGUUUCAGUGGCUCCUCUUACCAUCAGACACCAUGCUCACCCAACCAGUCACCCACCCCAUCUUCACACGGUUCCCCAAGGGUCAGCGUCACAGAUGAGAACUGGCUUGCCAACACCAACCAGUACACCAACUCAGCCAUUGUAGCGGCUAUUAAUGCUCUCACCACUGAUGGGGUGGUAGACAUGGGGGAAGGAAUCCCAAUCAAGACACGGAAGACCAUGCUGGACCUCUCAUCAUCCAUGAGUCUGAAGGUGGAACCCGGAGGUGAGGAGCUGGGUCCAGAAGGGGAUCUUCGACAUGAGGACUAUCCUUCCCGUCUUACCUUGAAGAAGGAGAAUUACUGUGGCGGCUUCCUGGAUGUUCCCCAACAUCCAUACUCCUGGCCUAAACCUAAGCCUUACCUUGGCCCUUCUCUGCCAGCCCUUGACUGGCAGCUGCCAUCCUGCUCCGGACCGUACAACCUGCAGAUUGAGGUGCAACCUAAGUCCCACCACAGGGCUCAUUAUGAGACAGAGGGAAGCCGAGGAGCAGUGAAGGCACUUUCUGGGGGACACCCUGUGGUUCAGCUUUAUGGGUACAUGGAAAGCGAGCCGCUCACCCUGCAGCUUUUCAUUGGGACCGCAGACGAUCGCCUCCUGCGACCGCAUGCUUUCUACCAGGUCCACCGGAUCACCGGCAAAACCGUCUCCACUGCCAGCCACGAAGUCAUACAGUCCAACACCAAGAUUCUGGAGAUCCCUCUGCUACCGGAAAACAACAUGAGAGCCAUAAUUGACUGUGCCGGAAUCCUGAAGCUGCGCAAUUCUGACAUCGAACUGCGCAAAGGAGAAACAGACAUCGGGCGGAAAAACACCCGCGUGAGGUUGGUGUUCCGUGUGCACAUCAACCAGCCCAACGGCAGGACGGUGUCCCUGCAGGCUGCCUCUAACCCCAUUGAAUGCUCCCAGCGCUCAGCCCAGGAGCUUCCCUUGGUGGAGAAGCAGAGCGUGGAGAGUUAUCCCGCCACCGGAGGCAAGAUGAUGCUGCUCGGCGGUCUCAACUUCCUUCCCGAGUCCAAGGUGGUGUUCGUGGAGAAGGCACAGGAUGGCCACCAUUUGUGGGAGACAGAAGCCAAGGUCGACAAGGACUCCGUCAAAUCUAAUACUAUUGUUGUGGAAAUACCACCCUACAGGAAUCAGAGAAUAUCCAGUCCAGUGCAAGUUAACUUCUACGUCUGCAACGGCAAGAGGAAGAGGAGCCAGUACCAACGCUUCACCUACAUGCCUGCAAACGUGCCAAUAAUAAAAACCGAACCCGCUGAUGAGUUUGAUUCUGUCGGGAGUGUUGGCCGCCAUUCAAAGCCCUACUAUGGGCAGCCCAGGCUGACCUCCAUCAUGCCCGUUGCUGAACCUGACCCCUGUCUGGUUGGUGGCUACCCUCCUUGCCCACCUCACCAUGCUGCCAUGCCACCUUUGUCUCCCAGCUCAAGUCCUACCCUGCAUGAUCUUUCCAACGUUACAUUCAACAAAUGCCUCCCCAACAGCCCAACUCAUACCGUACCACCAGGCAAUGUAGUAGCACCCAUUCAGGAGACUCCUUGCUGCUCUAAUCUUCCCCAUCCGACGUCACCAGAUCACAACUCUUCCCUGGGAAUGCUCCACUCCCAGGGCAGCCCGGGCCCCCUUGGUUACCACCAUUCCGUCUAUGCCAACAGUAGUUCUUCAUCUUCCCCGGUUUCUGACCCUUCCACACCUGGUGGGCCAGCAGAGACACCGUUUUUUCAAGCAUACAGCCCCAGCCAGGCAGAGGCAUCAGGCAUCUCAGCCCAGGCUGCAGGGAGUCCAGCGAGCCUGCUAACUGAAGACACCAGUCCACCAUCAACGGCCAUCACCAUCAAGCAAGAGCCCCAGGAACUGGAUCAGAUGUAUCUUGAUGAUGUGAACGAGAUCAUCAGGAACGACCUCUCCAGCAUUUCUGUGCACACUCAUGCGUAGACGUCCAGAUGUGUUCUGCUGCAGCACCCCCUUACCGACACACACACACACACACACACACACACACACACACACACACUCUCCAGCAGAAACAUCAGCCAAAAGGAUGACACGAAAAAGCUAGAGAAUGAAGAAAAGAAGUUUUUGGCGAGGAUCUCAUGACUGAGUGUCAUCAUCGUCAGCUUGUUGUUUUUUUUUUACUCAGAAUGGCUCUGCAGACUCAAACUGACAAUCACCGGCAAGCUCUGUUUGAAUAAACGAGGUGAAUGUCGUAUUAAAAAAUAUAAAAAAAUAAGGGACGUGAUAUCAGGGGCAAAGUAUGUGACUACACUUGCCUUAAUUCACAGCAGAUGUUUUAUUAGUGGACCUAGCAGUUCAAAAAGACUGAAAUACUCCUCUAAAAGUGACAAUCUUCAUUUCAAGUCUGCAGUAAUGCAUGGACGGGAUAGAUGUGUAGUAAGUGUCAGGCUUCAUCACUUUGAUUCCUUCAGCAACAACCAAACUGGUGCCUUACAGCGGUCCUACUGCAGCAGCAGUCAUGUGCAUAUGGUUCAUGAAAGCCCAAGCAAAAGUUUUUAUAUGACAUUUUAUUGUAUCAUUUCAGCGAUUUGUUUACAGAGGAACAGAGUUAAAGGUUCUAAAACUAUGUUGGCUGUCUUUGAAUACACGAUAAUCCCUUUUUACUUGCUUUCCUAUAAUUAUGCUUAUUAAUGUUUUUCAUGUAUGCUGAAUGUUAUGUAUUAUAAUUCUUUUGUAUAAACAUAUCUGAUAAAAAAAAAUGUAUGCCUUAUGCUUCUGUCGCCAACAUUAGCCACUUUGUUCCUCUCCUGUAUCUGCAGUUUUUUUUUUUGCUGUUUGCUUUUCACCUUAGUGCCUUUUGUUUUAAAAACUCACCUUUUCUCCGUCUUCCAAUCCUCGUCCCACACCAAGUCAUAUUGAUGCAAAGACAAUCAGAGAACAUGAAGUGCAACUCUUUUACUAAAAGUUCCUGAUUAGCAGGAGCUAACCUUUUUGAGAGAUGAGUUUGUUGAACAACGGUAUGCUUACCUGCUGCAUUUAGAAAACUGUCUGCUACUUCUUGCACUGCAGGCGCGCCUGUUAACAGGUUAAGGGUUUUUUUUUUUUCUGAAAUUGCACCACAGGCUCUGUUCUGUUUAGCAUCUGGGUGAUUUUUACAGAGGAGUUGGCUGGACUGUUACAUAUUUAGAAGGUGGCAAUAAUUGAUCUUUGUAAACCAAAGGAUUUUAUCUUUGGCGAAGUUAUUGCCCAAGUCUUUUUUUUUUCUUCUUCUUUAUGAGACUUUGAGUGUGGCACGGUUUUCUCGUACAUCAAAUAUUAUGCACUUUACAGCAGACUUUAUUUCCUUCAGGCCAAACAUUGUAGAGUGAUUCAUUCUGGUGUGUCGCAUAUAAUUUCUUGUCUGUAGCCUUUUUUCAUGUUAUCUGUCUUAUGGUGCAUGCACGGCAUACUGUUGCUGGGAAUCAUUUAGCUGAUAGUAGCUUCCAGAAUAGCUUCCUUAUACAUUUUUGGACAUAUUCUGUAUUAGCAUGACUAACCUGUAUGAAAAAAAAAAA